AUGGAGUCAUCUUCAAGCAAUCGUCAUGUACUGUUGUGGUAUUGUGGAAUGAGGGCUAUACUCUCCAGAUCUGGAACUAAGAGGAACCCUGGUCGAUUGUUUUUUGGAUGCGCUAAUUGGAAAGUGAGUAAUUGUGGAUUCUUCAAAUGGGUAUCUGAUGAAGAGGAGUUUGAAGGUCAGAUGAAGCAGUGGAGCGCGACGCCGCAAUUUUCAAGAGCCGUGUCAAGUGGAGAAGUGCAGGAAAAGAGAAAGAUUGAGAUUGAUAUUAUGGAUUUGUUGAAGCUUAUUAUAUUUGUUCUUUUAGUUGGUAUUUUUAUUGGAUUUGUGCUAAGUAGGGUGUGA